CAAAUAGGUAGGUAUAGUAUCAAUUUUUACACUUGAUAAGAUACGUCCAAGUGUGAACACUAAUAAAUCCUACUUAUAUUAGAUACUGGAACUCGAUUAUAAUGCCGUAACUCCGAGAGUCCAAACUCCACCCAGUUUGACAAUUCAUUCAUAAUAUAGAACACGUCGCGCCGGUUUCAUAAACCAGCUCACUUUUGUCCUAAAUUACAAAUAUACCUAACAAAAGUGAAUAAAAUAAUCGUUAUUGUAAUUUGUAUUAUAUCAAGUAGAUGGUAACUAAAGAAAAAUAAUCAAAAUAACCUCUUAGAACUGCGUUGAACUUGUACUUAUCUGACAAAAUAUGACUGUGUUAACAAUUGACUUAUUAUAAAAAUAACUCACCUUUUACAAAACAAAAUAUUAAAUGUUAUGUGAUUAUUUUUUCAAAUGAAACAACGAAACAUGACUAAACUUUUCCGCACAAUUUUGACAACGAACGCGCCAAAAUUCGUAUCAACUCCUACUUUUAUAAGAAAACUGAACACUCAGAUUCCUACUAAAGAAGUACAGAUACCAGUGCAAUAUGGUCAUAUUGCCGGGAAGCUAUGGGGUAGCGGUGACAAGCGACCUAUCCUGGCAUUACAUGGAUGGCAAGACAAUGCAGGCACCUGGGACCCCCUGAUCCCCAUGAUCAUAAAAGACAGACCGAUAUUAGCUCUGGACUUCCCUGGACACGGAUUUUCAUCUUGGACACCUGGUCUAACAUACAACGAAUGGGAAUGGCCAAGAUUAAUUUUGUAUCUUAAAGAAUACUUCAAAUGGGAUAAAGUUUCCAUUCUAUCACACUCUAUGGGCGCAAUAGCUGCAACGCGAUUCGCGAGCGUGUUUCCCGAAGACAUCGAUUUUUACAUAGCAAUAGAUAGUUUUAUAUUAGAAAACGUUAAUACAAAUACUUUAGUAGAAAAAAUAUAUCCAAAAUUACUACAAAAGGCAUUUGUCACUGAUCAUUGGCUGGACAAAGAACCUCCGUCUUACACGUUAGAAGAAAUAACAAACACGUGGCACUUAGCAACGAGGAAGUCUAUAGCAUUAGACAGUGUUAAGCAUCUGAUCAAAAGAGGUGUGAAGCAGUCGAAAACCGAUCCUAAUAAAUAUUAUUUCUCCCGAGAUCCGAGGCUAAAGUACGUGAUCCUCAUUCCUGAAGACAGAAAGUUUACAGAAGCCCUUGUGCGAAGGAUAAAAUGCCCAAUGCUAUUCCUGAAAGCGACAGACUCUCCGUUUUCAGCCGGCAAAUUUUCUAUUGCAAUGCGUGAAAUGAUAGAGAAACAGAACGAUAAAUACGAAUUUCAUUUCGUACCCGGAAAACAUCACGUUCAUUUGAAUAAUCCUGAACUGGUAGCUCCUCUAAUUAAUAAUUUCUUAAAGAAACAUAAAUUGGAAGCUUAAAUUUAAAUAUCCUACUAACAAUGAAAAUUACAUUUCUGAUUCUCCGAUGAACAGCUUACAACAUGUUAUGUGCGCCGAAAUAUUUUAUGAGAUUCCAACACUCAGAAGAGGAUGAAACCUGGUUAGAGUCUCAUGAGCCGUUUUGAAUGCCCCAAAAUUAAUAAUAUAAGAGAUCCUCGUUCCCGUCUCGCUCUCUGCCUAUGGCCACUUGCGCCCUAAGCCCUUGCUUAUUUGCCUUAGGGAUAAUACGGCUCUGGGUUCACUUAUUAUUAAUAUCACCUAUGUUAAUUAAUUAUGACGAAUAGAGAAUCAGUAAAAGAUACUGAUUUGAUCCUGUGAUUACAACAAAAUUAAUCCAGGCUGGGUUUAAUUUGCAUACGAUUUUACAAAAAGUAUAACUAGGUACUUAUCAUUUAUGUAUAGAUGAUAUUGAUGAAGUGCAAUUAUCUGAUAAUUUAGAUACUGGGAACAACCGAGCUUCCUAAUAAACUAUCUACGAUAGGUGCCAUCUCGUUCUGUAUUAUAAUUGUAAUUCGUUAAUAAUUGUUUUUUAGAUGUAGGUACCUAAUUUAAAUAAAUAUUUUUUAUAAAAAAACUUACUACGU